ACUCAACAUUCAUCCAAUUCUCGCUAUACAAACAGUAAAUAUUGUGGUAAAACAGAAUUUUACAAGCCCUGUUGUAUGUCGUAUUAAAUAAAUUCAAAACCCCAGUGUUUGUUGCAGAAUACGCUACCACUGCUCACGUGGACAUUAAAAAACGGGUUUAUAAGGCCAACUUUCCCCGAAAAACAUAGUUCUACGGAAGGAAUCUAGACAAUUUCUCAUUCUUCCGAAUGUCUCAUAGCCGCCGAAGGGACAGUUUAGAGCUUCCACCUUGGGGUGUCAACUGUCGGACGUGAGAUCUUAUGAGAGAGCGUGAUACAACAUCUCAGCCUUAGUAUCCUGUGCCAUCUCCCCUGUUUUGAGAAGUAUUUAAUUUUCAGUACUUUUAUCGCAUUUCCUCGUAGUUUGAACACUGAGAAAUACAGCGUAAAAAGGGUGCUAUAGCGCUUAGAACUUACAAGCGAUACAUUCAAGGGUCCAAGCUGGGAAACCAAAAAAUUCGAAGCCCAAAAAGAAAUUUACGAGUCAUUGCUUUCAUUUAAUCAGCAACAAUCACUCUGAACGAGGUUUUUAUUGCACUUCUUAAUAAGACUCUCGCAGGUUUUUUUUUUUUUUUUUUUUUAAUUUACGGGAAGUUGCUUAAUCGCAUACAUUAUGACUUACACCGUUUCUGUCGCACCCGAAGAGCGUAUGAGUGCCAAGGCUUCUGAAGCCGCCAUUUGCGACACUGAACUCUAUGGAUCAAGUGCUCGGCCGGUUUAUGAUCAGGCUGAACACCUGGCUUCACAAAUUGCAGAACUCCAACAUCGCCAAAAGAUGUUAUUCGGUCCUUCUGCCGCAGACUUUGAGCCUAUGCCUCAUCGUCUGCGUUAUAACACUCUUGGAAAUCCGGCUCCGUUGGGUUUGUUCUCAUUCGCUUUCACUACCUUUCUCUUGUCGCUCUUCAAUUUGCAUACCGAUGAUAUUCUCACCUCGAACAUGAUCAUCACUGUAGCCGUCUUCUAUGGUGGCAUGGCUCAAGUGCUUGUGUCUAUGUGGGAAUUGGCUUCAGGAAACACAUUCGGUGCAGCCGUAUUCGGCAGUUACGGAUCCUUCUGGUUGUCUUUUGCUGCAAUCAAUAUUCCCUUCUUCAAUGUUGCUUCUGCGUACAAGGACCCCGCGGAAUUGACCCACGCCAUUGGUUUGUAUCUCAUGUGUUGGUUCGUAUUCACAUUCCUCGUAAUGUUGUGUACGACGAGAUCUACCCUCGCGUUCUUUUUGCUAUUUGUAAGCUUAGACAUAACCUUUUUGCUCCUCGGCAUUGCUCACUUGGUAAAAAACGCCUCAACCUCUUCUCAUCUUCUCAAGGCUGGCGGCGCCUUCGGAAUUGCGACUGCUGUCAUCGCAUGGUACAAUGCAAUGGCCGGUCUUGCCUCAAAAGAAAACUCGUUUUUCACCGUGCCUCGUGUUACAUUCCCUUGGAGUGUUGAAGGUCUUAGUCCAGAGGAAGCGCAGCGUCGUCGAAUGCAGGCUGAUGGUGAUGCAAAAAUGGCCUAGGCAUUAUCCAUACAUUGCGCACAUACAUGCUUGACGACUUGCAGUAGAAAAGCAAACAACGAAACAAAACGGCCUCAAGUCCCAUGAGAUCACCCACCUCUCGUAUUCAAAAACAGGAACUCUACGACAUAUGAAAAUAAAAGACUAAUUAC